GAAUGGCUAGACCUCCCUUUUUUGUAACAAGCUUGUGCACUCGCCAAAAUGUUAGUUCCCCAAUCCGUAACCUAAGUAUUGCUGGAAGUAAUGGUGGGGUUGAAGGUGAAGUUGCUACGCAAAACGCAGAUCGAUCAAGUUCAGUAAAUCAUCAAAGUGAGCAACAGAGCUUUGCUGAGAUAGCUAAAGAUGUUUGCAAAGUCAUCCGGACACGACCCAGAUGGGAACAAAUAUUGUUAUCUGAUUUCCCCACUGUUAAUUUUACUGAUCCAAGAUUCUAUACUGAGGUUCUGAAGGCACAAAAAAAUGUUAUGUUGUCGCUUCGGUUUCAUUUUUGGCUUAGUUCUCAAAAUGGUUUUUCGAGGGAUCAGUUCUCUGAUGAAGUCAUAUUUAGUGGGCUUGUACAAGCCAAGGCAGCCAGUGCAGCCAAAUGUUUUCGGCAAAAUAUGAACUUUGUGCCUCAACCUAGUUGUUUGGAGGCCUACAUUCAGUGUCUUUGUGAAAAUGGAUUGAUUGAGGAUGCCCUCGACGUGUUUACUGAAUUGAGAGGUGUUGGCCACUGCCCAUCAUUGAGAAUUUGGAAUUCAGCCCUUUCAGAUUCUGUCCGAUCUGGAAGAACUGACAUUGUCUGGAAAUUGUACGAGGAUAUGACAGAAUCUGGUGUUUUAGCAGAUGUAGAUACGAUUGGGCACUUGAUUCAAGCAUUUUGUAUGGAGAACAAUUUUCCAGAAGGUCAUCAACUUCUUCGACGGGUUUUGGAAGCUGGGCAUGCCCCUAGUAGUGUUGCUUUUAAUAAAUUGAUUUAUGGAUCAUGUAAGAACAGAGAUUACUUUAGACUGUCAUCUCUUCUCCAUUCAAUGAUUGCAACUAAUUGUUCUGUUGAUAUAUUCACUUAUCAGCAUGUUAUUCAGGGACUAUGUGAAACAAGAAAGAUGCGUGAAGCUUUUAGGAUAUUUAAUGAUCUAAAGAAUAGAGGCUAUGCUCCGGAUAUGGUUAUGUAUACAACAAUGAUUAAUGGUCUCUGUAAAAUGAAAUCGGUUGGAGAUGCCCGGAAAUUAUGGUUUGAGAUGAUUCAAAAGGGAUUCAAUCCCAAUGAAUACACAUAUAACACACUCAUCCAUGGUUAUUUAACAACUAACCGUCUAAAUGAAGCUGAAAGUCUUUAUAAGGAAAUGUGUGAUAAAGGAUAUGGAGAGACCACAGUGACAUAUAAUACCAUGAUUCACGGGCUGUGUCUUUAUGGAAGAGUAGGAGAAGCUCACAACUUGUUCAAUAAAAUGGCUGAGAGUGGUGUUACCCAUGAUGUGGUCACAUACACUUCUCUUAUUCAGGGUUUCUGCAAGAAUGGGAAAAUAGCUGAAGGUCUUCAGUUUUUAUAUGAACUGUUAAAGCAGGGGUUGCAACCAUCACCUGCUUCUUAUACAGUGUUAAUUGAGAAACUUUGUGAGAUCGGCCAUGUUUCGGAAGCGAAAUCAUUGUGGAACGAUAUGCAAGAUAGAGGUGUCAAACCAGCAACAUCGACUUAUGAUUCUAUCGUACUUGGAUUAAUCAAGCAGGGAUAUGUAACAGAGGGGCUAGAUUGGUUGAGCAGUAUGAUGAAGAGUAGGCUCAGACCAAGGAGAAAAACUUUUGAGGAACUGAUUUAUCAUCUUUCUCAAGCAGAUAAGUUGGAUGAGUCUUUAUCCAUUUUAGUUUACAUGCUUAGGCUAGGUCAUGUUGUCAGAGAAAAAAUUUUCCGUUCUCUAGUAAAUAAACUUUGCAAAGAUAAUUCCCACCAUAUUGAGAUGCAAAUGAGAUAUAUUGUCUGAGCAAUUCAAGAUGGUUGAUGUCUUAUAAAGAUUGCAACACCUUUAUCUUGUCUAAG